CAAAAGAAAAAAAAAAAAAAAAAAGACGGUUACGUUGACAAAUUUUCACAAAAAAAUUAGAAUCUCAUCACCCAACAACAUUCCAAAUUCCCAUAAACGAAAUAUGCUAGUUGACAGCUCUUCCCCUUGUAGCCAAACCGUCUGUAUCACCGGCGCUGGUGGCUUCAUCGCCUCCUGGAUGGUCAAGCUUCUUCUUGAAAAAGGUUACACUGUCAAAGGCACAGUAAGGAACCCAGAUGAUCCCAAGAAUGCUCAUCUGAGAGAGCUUGAAGGAGCAAAUGAGAGACUAACUCUUUACAGAGCUGAUCUUCUUGAUUACGAGUCUCUUAAAGAAGCCAUUAUUGGUUGUGAUGGAGUUUUCCACACAGCUUCACCUGUGACUGAUGAUCCUGAACAAAUGGUGGAGCCAGCCGUGAAUGGGACUAAGAAUUUGAUAAUGGCAGCGGCAGAGGCCAAGGUUCGACGGGUGGUGUUCACGUCUUCGAUUGGUGCCGUGUACAUGGACCCCAAUAGGAGUCCUGAUGUCGUGGUCGAUGAGUCCUGCUGGAGUGACCUGGAGUUCUGCAAGAAUACCAAGAAUUGGUAUUGUUACGGGAAGGCUGUGGCAGAGCAGGCAGCCUGGGAAACAGCCAAGGAAAAAGGGGUGGACCUUGUGGUGAUAGCCCCAGUUUUGGUUUUAGGUCCAUUGCUGCAAUCAACUGUAAAUGCUAGCAUUGUUCACAUCCUCAAGUACUUAACCGGCUCAGCAAAGACCUAUGCCAAUUCAGUUCAAGCCUAUGUUCAUGUUAGAGAUGUUGCCUUAGCGCACAUUCUUGUCUUUGAGAAUCCCUCUGCCUCAGGCCGAUACCUCUGCGCCGAGAGCGUUCUCCACCGUGGAGAGGUGGUAGAGAUCCUAGCCAAGUUCUUGCCUGAGUAUCCCAUCCCUACCAGGUGCUCAGAUGAGAGGAACCCAAGAGCAAAACCCUACAAGUUCUCAAACCAAAAGCUCAAGGACUUGGGUUUGGAGUUCACACCUGUGAAGCAGUGCCUAUAUGAAACAGUCAAGAGCUUGCAAGAGAAAGGUCACCUACCUAUACCAGCACAGCAAGACGAUCCACUUCGGAUUCGCUCUUAGCUUUUUCGGAGAGUAUUUAUAGUAUAUACACCUAGCUAGCCACCAUUGGCAAGGGUACUGGACAUGCCCCCCUGGAAUGCUAGCAGUACUAUGUCAGUACUCAGUAGUAAUAAUAUAUAUUCAAGGAGAUGACUAAUCAAGAAAGAAUGUCAAAGAUUAUUAUAUAUAUAAUCUCUUGAACAUUUCGAUCUUCUAAAUGAUGAAGUAAUUGAAUGAAAUAUAUGAAGCCAAUUAAUGUUUCUUUCUUUUAUUCACUAUAUUAGUAAAAUAUAUGAUGUUUCGAAGUU